AUGAGCAAGAGCAGAGGCACAGAGAGCUCAGAGACCCUAGGACAGGAGCCCAGCUGGAAGCCCCUGUGGGGUGGCUCACCACAGUACGACUUGGUCUGCUUUGAGAAGUGCUCCCGCUAUGGGCUACCCCUGGAGGCUGGGGGCACAGGGGACGACCUGCACUCCUUGGAGAACUCCCUCAGCCACCCACAGCUCUAUGGCAAAUACACAGAGCAGAUAACGGACUUUAAUGACAAGGAAGCAGCAAAACUGCUGAACAGGAAGCAGGCCCAGAAGAGCAAUGAAAGACCCCAGAAACGUGAGAGUCAAGCGGAGAUCAAAGAGGAGCACUAUUCCAAAUGCCAAGACUGUGCCCGGCGCAUCCAGAAGUACAUUACCAAGAAGCUGGGAGAGGAUUGGAUCUUCUUGGUUCUGUUGGGUCUGGUCAUGGCGUUGGUGAGCUGGGGAAUGGAUUAUGCCAGUGCGAAGAGCCUACAGGCCUACAAGUGGAUGUACACAAAGGUGCAGCCGAGUGUUCCCCUGCAGUACCUGGUGUGGGUCUCCUACCCACUUGCUCUUAUUCUGUUUGCGGCCCUCUUCUGCCACCUCAUCUCUCCCCAGGCCAUUGGAUCUGGGAUUCCAGAGCUCAAGACCAUUAUGAGGGGAGUCGUCCUCAAGGAGUAUCUCACUCUCAAGGCUUUUGUGGCCAAAGUUGUGGCCCUCACAGCUGGGCUUGGAAGUGGCAUGCCUGUGGGGAAAGAGGGUCCUUUUGUGCAUAUUGCCAGCAUCUGUGCUGCAGUGCUCAGCAAGUUCAUGUCAAUCUUCUGUGGUGUCUAUGAGCAGCCAUACUAUUACACCGAUGUCCUGACUGUGGGCUGCGCUGUGGGGGUCGGCUGCUGCUUUGGGACACCACUUGGAGGGGUCCUUUUCAGCAUUGAGGUCACAUCCACUUACUUUGCUGUCCGCAAUUACUGGAGAGGUUUCUUUGCAGCUACCUUUAGUGCUUUCAUUUUCCGAGUCCUUGCUGUUUGGAACAAAGAUGCAGAUACCAUCACAGCCCUCUUCAGAACGAACUUCCGCAUGGAUUUCCCCUUUGACCUGCAGGAGCUGCCAGCCUUUGCUGUAAUAGGGAUUUGCUCUGGAUUCCUUGGAGCGUUUUUUGUUUAUUUCAAUCGCCAGGUGGUCCUCUGCAUCCGCCGCCACGCAGCGCUGAGCCAGUUCCUCACCAAACACCGCCUCGUUUACCCUGGGGUUAUAACCUUCCUUAUUGCAAGUACGACUUUUCCUCCUGGAUUUGGGCAGUUUAUGGCAGGAGAGUUGAUGCCACGGGAAGCCAUCAGCACUCUCUUUGAUAACUAUACCUGGGCAAGAUACACAGGGGACACUCAGAUCCUGGGGAAAUCUGCUGCCUGGAUCCAUCCUAAAGUCAGUGUCUUUGUCGUCAUCCUGCUCUUCUUCCUUGUGAAGUUCUGCAUGUCUGUCAUUGCUACCACGAUGCCAAUCCCUUGCGGAGGCUUCAUGCCUGUUUUUGUUAUUGGUGCUGCAUUUGGGCGCCUCGUGGGGGAAAUCAUGGCCUCACUUUUCCCCAAUGGGAUCCUCUUUGAUGGAAUCCUUUAUCAGAUCUUACCUGGAGGCUAUGCUGUCAUUGGUGCAGCAGCUUUGACAGGAGCAGUGAGCCACACUGUCUCCACUGCUGUGAUCUGCUUCGAGCUGACAGGGCAGAUCUCUCACAUCCUCCCCAUGAUGGUGGCUGUCAUUCUUGCCAACAUGGUGGCCCAGAGUCUGCAGCCCAGCCUCUAUGAUAGCAUUAUCCAGGUGAAGAAGUUGCCUUACCUGCCAGACCUGGGCUGGAAUCACAUAAGCAAAUACAAUAUCUUUGUUGAGGAUAUUAUGGUCCAGGAUGUGAAAUUUGUCUCCUCCAACUGUAAUUACCGAGACUUGCAAACUCUACUCCAAAGCACCACUGCUAAGACUUUGCCUUUGGUGGACUCACCAGACACCAUGAUCCUGCUGGGGUCGGUGGAGCGCUCUGAGCUGCAGACUCUCCUCCAGAGGCAUCUGAGCCCAGAACGCCGACGACUCCUCACCAGAGAAAUGCAGCACAAGGCUGAGGCAGCUGACAUUGGGCACAGCAAGGGACUGUGGACAGCUCUGCCAAAGCUGAAGCAUGAAUCUUUUGCUUAUGUUGAUGAGGAUGAGGAUACAGAUGAGAAGGGAGAGCUGCCUCAGCCCUUGAGUCCCACUCCUACUUACCCAGAGGAACACAACGGCCUGGCAAGUCCUCUUAAACAAAUGCCUGAAACUCUGGAGCCACAGCAGCUCCCAGGCAAUUUCAGGAGUUUGAGGCAACUGAUCCAGCAGCUCUUGUGCCGUUACAACCUUCCACAUGACACAGAGGAUGCUGUCCAGGAGCCAACGGAAGUCAUGGACACAAUGAGGCCAGAAGAGAUAGAUGCCUGGGAGCAGGAGGAGCUGAGCAAGAAUGUGUGCUUUGACAGCUGUCGCAUAGACCCUUGCCCUUUCCAGCUGGUGGAAGGCACUUCCCUGCACAAGACACAUACAUUGUUCUCCUUGCUGGGCCUCAGCCGUGCCUAUGUAACCAGUAUGGGGAAGCUGAGGGGAGUGUUGGCCUUGGAAGAGCUCCAGAAGGCCAUAGAAGGCUCCACACGAUCCGGGGUCCGCCUGCGCCCGCCCCUGGCCAGUUUCCGCGACACCAAGCGGCCCUCGGUCAGCACCGCUCCGGGCCGGAGGGACACGCUGGGGUGGAGCCAGCAAGACAACGGCGCCGAGGCGGCACAGCAGGCAGCAGACUCGGGCACGGAGAGCCCCCUGCCUGCCUGCUCGGACACCCCCCAGCCCUCACACUUGAAUGAAGAGGGGGAAGUCCUGUCUUCCACUUACACCACUGAUACCGAGUUGGAAGAGAUGGAGCUGACAGGGCCGGCUGCUGAAAACAUCUCAGACAUCCUCAAGGACAUAAGCUUACGUGCCACUGACCUGGAUGAGGAUGAAGAUGAUGAGGAUGUCCCCUUAUAGCUGGCAUGGAGGGAGCAGUCCAUCAGCUGAGCCAGCCUUCUUGUGUUUGCUCCUCACAGAGAAGCUUUUGGAUGUUCUUUGCAAUCCCUGCAGAGGCCUGAUUCAGGGAGAAGGGGCUUUGGACUCAGCCUUUCUCCUUCUGGUUGUCCUCUGCUCAAAGACUCUUUUGCUGUUGGACUGCAUGGGGGUGUGCAGGAGUCAAAUGUGGACUGCAAGGGGGCUAAGGACAGGCUCAUAGUGCUCAGGCUCUGCCAAGUCUGCAUAACAUGGCAGAAGGGAUUGUGGCAGGAUGUUAACACUGCUGGACACAGUCAGGAUGCUCUGGGUCAACCUGCCACAUGGAAGGUAGAGGAGGAGCAGCUCUUCCCCUCUCCAUUGGUGUCAUCCUUCCAGGCACAGCUGGUCUGCAUGCACCAGUGUAAACACAGCCAGGCCUCCAGCACAGAAGCAUAUUGGUGCUUCUUACUGCAGUCCUGUCCAUAUUGCUGCAGGUCCUUUUCUCUAGCUCUUAUCUUGCAUCUUCCCCAAACAUUCCCAUGUAGAAUCCCUUCCUCAGUUUUCACUCUGGGAUUUUCCUGGAUGGGGGUGCAGUUAGGAGCUUCUCUUCUGUCCUUGAGCUGAGCCGUGCCCUUGAAACAGAUGGAAGGAAAAUAUCUGGUCUGUCUCACAUCUUGAAUUCUGCCAGGGCUCUAAGAAAAGCACUGGAAGGUAGGAAAGCCUCUUGGCUUUCCCAGAAUCUGCAGAAUCUUUAAAUAGCAUGGGGAAAAUGUUAAGAGGCCUGCUGGGUGUUGGGAGGAAGAGGAGUCAAGCAGCACGAACGCAUCUGCACUUCACAUCCCUGUGUCUGUCUCUUUGGAUCACUGGUCACAAUUUUUACAAAAUGUUAAAGUCUUAAAAUACAGGAACUCCAAAAGGAUUGUGGAGUGCUGGCAGGGUGCCAAGAAACACAGCAGAGGGAAGCCACAUUUGCUACACUUUGAGAAGAGGAUUCUCUCUGAAAACUGCUCUUUCCUGGCAGUUCUACCCUGCCUGCUGCCCACAUAUUUCUGCAUACCUCAGAUCUGAGAAUUCCAGCUCUCUCUUUUGCCAACUUGUCUCCACUGUGACUAGCAGCAGAGACCUCAAGCCUUGUCUGCAGCAUCACUUUCUAUUCUAGGUCUAAAUCUGGAGCAGAUCUUGAUCUGUAUCUUGCAAAAAGGUAUCUUGUCAGUUCGUGUCAUGCAUGCCAAACCUUAGCAUCCAAACCUAAGAUGCUGCUGUGUUCUACUCACUGUCCUUGUGAGGUUUUCUCAGUAAAUAGGCAAACCCAAAACUGUGUAUUCUGCAAAUUUUGUCUUUCUUUCUGUCAUAUUUUUGGUGUCAUGGCACUUUGAUGCAGUUCCAAACAGCAUAU